GUUGUUGCGUGCUUACUCGGAGAAAUGCGGCACUCCCUUGAGCUCCGAUGCAAACUACAAGGGCAGACGCGGCAGCGACUCCUUCCUUUCCUUGGAGAAGUGGGGAGGAUGGCGGGGAAAGAGUUAAACGCCGGCUGGUUGCCUCCAGCGUAGUGGUUUGCAGAGAUCGCAGCAUCGAAAUAACUGGUUGUGAGAAAGGAGACGGGAAGGAUCUUGGCUGGCUUGUUACAAGGCUCUAAGCCACUGAAGAGUCGUUGAUUUGGUGUAUGUGUGUGCACUGGUUUAUUUUGCAUUUCCCACUCAACCGCCCUUGCUGCUUCUGCGGAACUUCGACGGCGCGUGUUCGAGCCCUGGGAAGGAUCUGGGUUUUUUUCUUCUGUGCACACGCGCAAGCACCCGCCCGCCCUUACUCACCAAGACCUGGGUUUGCUUGCUUGUUUGCUUGCUAAAUGCUGCUACUACCACCGCUGUUUCCUUCUGCACCGGAAAGUUUCCGCCGCGUAAAGCAGCCGCUUUGCAAACGGAGCGCGCUGCCAAAGCCUUCGAGGGAAGCCAUCUCCUUGGAGCUGUAGAGAAUCUCUAUCUAUUCCACGCAUACACCCCCCCCCCAAAAGGCUGUUUGGCGUGGAAGAAGAAGAAGGGGGAGGAAGGCUUCUUUUCUUUUUUAAAGGGUUGCCCAUUAACGAGCAAAAGGGAAACAGCUGCUGAUUGGGAAACCUCCACACACAUCUUCUUUGGUCGUCUUCAUUUUGAGGAUUUUAAUUCUGGGGAAAGAAGCAACUGCAAACAACAACACAAACAAGCCAGCUUGGAAAGCGAUGAGGUUUCCCUCCCCGCUCCCUUCCCCAUCGUUGCCGGUGGGCUGGUGAUUGUAACGAUUCCUCCGUUGCUUUGUGCUCUAUUUCUGCUUUUACCAUCGGCGAGAGGGGACUGUGGAAGCCGAAGCCCGGCACGGAUCGCGCGCGCGCGUGUGCGUCUCUGUGUGGCGACCAGCUUGGUUGCUUUAAAGGACGCCGAGGAGAACUCAGGCGGCAUCCAGUUCUGGCUCCUGUAUUUGAUCUUGCAUGGACCUGGGUUGCCUUAAACAACAGUGCACCAUCCAACCGCUUCAGUGUCCACACCCUCCCUUUGGUCACUGCCUGCUGGGACUCUGAUACAAUAAACUGACUUCAGACAAAGGAGGAGGAGAUAAGUGGAUGCCCUUAUUUCCCUGAGGUGAGAACACAUGGAAGCCCCUGCUGCAUUUCAUCCAUUUGAAAAUGGGCUCUCUUGUACCUAAUCAUCUCCCACUGGAUUUCCAACAGCAUGGACUGGAUGAAAUCCCUCUGGAAAGCAUUGCAAGAUACAGAAUUGUGAUUCUUGUGGGUCUGUCGACAAUAUGUCCCAGAUGGAAUGAAGAAGACAAAAAAUAUUUUGCUUUACGAUGCUCUCUACAUAUCUUAAUGCAAGACAUCUUCAUGACCUGUCUGCCUCAUAGCUACUGAGUUCCAAUUCACCAGAGUCACCAUUCCAUAUUUUAUGAGUUCCAGUUUACCAGAGUCUGGAGUAUUUCUAGUCCAGGGUUUACAGAAAGCUCUGGAGCCUAGGCCCUGGAGCUGCUGAAGAGACAGGCUUGUGCAAGUGAGCACUCGAGCUGAAAUACUUGGCUGUGACUGCUUCUUUCCUUUUAUCAAUGGAUUCCGGUCCUACAAGGAGAGGCCCCAGAGUGAACAUACACUGAGACACAGGACUUAAGCAGCAUGAAUGACUCUUCUAGGAGUGACAAUGGUCCAAGUCAGUUUAUAGCAGCAAUGAAAACUUGGCUGUCACAAUGGAAGGAAUCUGGAAGAACUGAUUAGCCUGCCCCUUCCAACAUAGAUAUACUCAGCCAGCCAAAAAGUCAGACGGACAUCUCCUGAGGAGUUCUGUUCUUGCAAGAGAAUCGUAGUGGAGCAUUAGCUUUUAAUGGGUUUGUUUCAAGCAGCUGGAAUGUGGUGCCAUGAGAGACUCUAUCAUCCAUGACGCGUUGGGAUUACCAUGAUCGAAUACUUCAUUUUGACUGUAACCAGCGGCCAAGAGCUUUGUAUGGUUGACAAGGACUGGACUUUUAAAGACAGUGUAACAGUUAGCAACUGUAGAGGAGGCAACUGUUACUCUAUGAAGUGCUGGAUCUGGACCCACCAGUCCCUACCGUACUGCCAACGUAUUCAUUGUCAGAGCUCUCAGGCAGCCUAAGGCAACAUCCCAACAUCUCUAAAUCAACUGUUAUAGCCAUAGAAUGCCCAACUAAGCCGCAAAACAAAAGAUUGCAUUUUGUGUCUCUUGAUCUAUCACUCCUUCACUUGCCACCAAGCUGGGAGCAAGCAUCUGUCUGGCAGUUUCUGUUCUCAUGAGAAUCACAGAAAAUGAUGAAUCACACAGCUCCCAUGUCCCAUGGGCAACACUAAGUUAAACAUAACCUGCUUCAUUAAAGCCUGUGACGGAGGAUUAGACAACAUCCGUGGAGUCAUGCUUCACACAGCCAUAUCAUGCUGGCAGCCAUUUCUAGGUCUGGCUGUGCUGCUAAUUGUCAUGGGCUCCACUAUAGGCUGCCCAGCACGCUGUGAGUGCUCAGCACAGAACAAGUCUGUCAGCUGUCACCGGAGGCGCCUCGUUGCUAUCCCUGAGGGCAUCCCCAUUGAGACUAAAAUCCUGGAUCUUAGCAAGAACAGGCUGAAAAGCAUCUACCCAGAGGAGUUCACAGCUUUCCCUCUGCUUGAGGAGAUAGAUCUCAGUGACAACAUUGUUACCAAUGUAGAGCCUGGAGCCUUUAACAAUCUGUUCAACUUGCGUUCCUUGCGAUUGAAAGGAAACCGUCUGAAGCUGGUCCCUUUAGGGGUCUUCACUGGCCUGUCAAACUUAACAAAGCUAGAUAUCAGUGAGAACAAGAUUGUCAUUCUGCUGGACUACAUGUUCCAGGAUCUGCACAACCUCAAGUCUCUUGAGGUUGGGGACAAUGAUCUGGUUUACAUCUCUCACAGGGCCUUUAGUGGACUGCUUAGCUUGGAGCAGCUCAGUCUGGAAAAAUGCAACCUAACAGCUGUACCAACAGAAGCCCUUUCCCACCUUCACAACCUCAUCAGCCUGCAUCUGAGACAUCUCAAUAUCAACCUUUUGCCUGCAUAUGCCUUCAAGAGAUUGUUCCACCUGAAAAACCUGGAAAUAGACUAUUGGCCUAUGCUGGACAUGAUUCCUACCAACAGCCUGUAUGGCCUGAACCUCACUUCUCUCUCCAUCACCAAUUCUAACCUGUCCACCAUACCUUAUUCUGCUCUGAAGCACCUGGUUUACCUGACCCACCUGAAUCUCUCCUACAAUCCCAUCAGCACUAUUGAAUCAGACAUGCUUGGAGAUGUGGUGCGCCUGCAGGAGCUUCACAUAGUUGGGGCCCAGUUGCGUACCAUUGAGCCCCAUGCUUUCCAAGGACUCCGAUUCCUUCGGGUGCUUAAUGUAUCCCAAAACCUGUUGGAAACUAUCGAAGAGAGUGUGUUCCAUUCCACCAAAGCCCUGGAAAUCCUCUGUAUAAGCAACAACCCACUGGCUUGUGACUGCCGCUUGCUUUGGAUAUUACAAAGGCAGCCUAUGCUGCAGUUUGGCGGCCAGCAACCAAUGUGUGCUGGCCCAGAUAGCAUCAAAGAGAGGCCAUUCAAAGACUUCCACAGCACUGCCCUUUCUUUCUACUUCACUUGCAAGAAGCCCAGGAUACGUGACAAGAAGCUGCAAUACUUGGUGAUAGAGGAAGGCCAAACGGUACAGCUCCUGUGCAAUGCAGAUGGCGACCCUCAACCAACCAUCACCUGGCUGACACCGCGACGGAGACUGGUCACCACAAAAUCAAACGGAAGAGCUACGGUGCUGGGAGAUGGCACACUGGAGAUCCGGUUUGCCCAAGAUCAAGACAGUGGGAUCUAUGUUUGUGUUGCCAGCAACGCUGCUGGGAACGACACCUCAUCAGCCACCCUCACCGUCAAAGGGUUUGCCUCUGAUCGUUUCCUUUAUGCCAACAGGACUCCUAUGUACAUGACGGAUUCCAAUGAAACCAGUUCCAAUGGAACCAAUAUGAAUACAUUUUCCCUGGACCUUAAGACAAUACUGGUGUCGACAGCCAUGGGCUGCUUCACAUUCCUCGGGGUGGUUUUAUUUUGUUUCUUACUACUUUUUGUGUGGAGCCGAGGGAAAGGCAAGCAUAAAACCAGCAUUGACCUCGAGUACGUCCCCCGUAAAAACAAUGGCGCAGUGGUAGAAGGGGAGGUUCCAGGACCACGCAGGUUCAAUAUGAAAAUGAUUUGAUGGUUGUGUGCUGCUAGCAUUGUAGACUCUUUCCUGUGGCAUUCUAACCAAUUCAACAAGCUUGGUAUGUAGGAAUUGCCGGGCUAGAGGCACUUGGCUGUCACGGUGUCAAACGGUACAUGGAGACCAGGAAGACUAUCUGAGGUUGUACAGCAAAGCCUCUUGUUUUGAGGCUGUGUGUGUGUGUGUUAGGGCUUUUUGCAGAGUUGGCAUACAGUACUAAUUGUUUGCAUUGCAAAUUUUUUGCCAUUCUGAGGAUCUCAGUAAUGAACUGUCGGCUCAUGUUCACAGACAAGUGUUCAAAACAUUUUCUACCACUACAAAUAAAUAAACAAAUAAAGGGAAAAAACCCUACAGUGUAGGAUUUACAUAUUUAAAAGAGAGAGAGACAUUUGUCUAAAACCUAACUCUGCAGUGAAAUUUGUAUCUAUAGAUCUCAUUUGCUAAAGCCUUGCAUCAUACAUACCUUCUAGUUGAUUCGACACCGCAAGAUUAAUGUAUUAAUGUAUUUUUUUUAAUAUACAUAUUUACUGUGUACAUUUUAAAGCAAUACAAAUGAGACAUUUUUGUUCCUUCCAUGGUAACUGACCCAAGUGUGAUGUCACUCAUUCCAUGACUACAACCAAAUUCCCAAAUCAGACCUCUGUUGUCACCAAUGAAAGAUGCUGUGUUUGGUGUCUAACCUUACAUGAAAAACCAGAGAGAAACUGUUGAUGCUGGCAGAAUUUACUGUGUCCCCUUUGCUCUUCUCUUCAUGGAAAGAAAAGGCAUGUGCCUAAUUUUGAUAUAGAAUGGAAUAUUUUUUUAAAGUAUCUGUGAGAUCACACUGGAACAGUUUACUAUAAAAGAGUCCAAGGUUGAUUGUUCUUUCACUAUUCACCCUUCUGUUUUAAUUUCUAAUCCAUUGUUAAAAUGUCCAUGUGUGCUGGGAGAAAGAACCAGGUUAAUGCUUUUUGCCAUAUUUCCAGGGAAAUGCCAUCAGCGUUUUAUUUAUGGAAGAGAAUGGGAUGUACAGAAGGGAAUAUACCCCUUCCCUCAUGCCAAUAAAUCAUGAUUACCAUGCCUAAUGAGAGGAAAUGCCACUCAAUAUAUUCUACAAGGCCAAAGUACUGCCAAACUUCAAGAUAUUGUCAGUGUUGUAUUUACAGGCAACACAGGCUGAUCUACACAGUCCUUUCCUGCUGAUUUUUUAUUCUCACAUGGGAGCAUGAUCAUGUGAACGGGAAAGAAACCCUAGCGGCACCAUUUCAGAUUUCAAUAAGAUAUAAGAGCAAAGAAUUGUUUGCAAAAGCCUGCUCUUGAAUACGUCACACAUUAAAUAUAAGAAAACCCUAUGUAUUUAAAGAGCAUUUGUUGUAGGUGGGUUUAUACCUCACAAUAACCCAUUUUAAAGACAAAAAGGCACUUUUUAAGGAAAGGUUGUUGUGUGUGUGGCAUAGGUAUCUAGUAUCUAGUCGCAUUUAAUGGUUUAUAUAAGCAGUAGUAUAAAUCCAGUGAGAUACAGGUGCUCCUAAGACUUACUCUGAUCUGAAAACGGCUGCUGUCUGUGAAUGGUACCCUGAUGGAGAAGUAUAAUGUAUGAUCUGGUGGUAUACAUGGGUACACUAUAGGAUUGCCAGGUUCAUGGCCUGAGACU